CACACCAUCCUGACAUCUUUUCUCUUUUCUGCUGGACACAGACAUUACUGUUUUUAUCAUUUUCAAUCAAGCUCACCCAGAACGCUGAGGAAUGUAUUCUCACUGAAAGCAAAGUGGAGAAGAGAAAUUAUUUUCUAGCUCCUGGAGUAGAAGCAGUGCUGACUGCGUGCUGAGGAGCAGGAGCCGGAGCCGUGAGAAAUGUAGCUUGGCUCAGGGCUACAUCAGGGAGCUGCUCCUUCAGCUGUUAAAGAUGGCAAAACAACACCUACCUCAGGUUUUUCAAUGAUUAAUGCUAUUUUCAUAACCGGGAGGGAAGAGGAUGUGAGAAAUUUUGUGAAAUUCACUUGUGGAAAUGUUAUCAUCAGAGAAAGUGGGGAAAAUUACUAGGCUGGAACUUCUCUUCGUUUUGAUGCUCCUCUUUUCUGGACCAACUCUGAGCAAGCUGACCCGGACCCCCUGGAAAGGAAAACCUUGGAAGGGGGGAUCUCGACUCCGCCAGGAAGAUUUUCCCCCACGGAUUGUGGAGCACCCUUCGGAUGUCAUUGUCUCUAAGGGAGAGCCCACCACUCUGAACUGUAAGGCAGAGGGCCGACCAACACCCACCAUUGAAUGGUACAAGGAUGGUGAGCGGGUGGAGACUGACAAGGAUGAUCCCAGGUCGCACAGGAUGCUUCUGCCCAGCGGAUCCUUAUUCUUCUUGCGCAUCGUGCAUGGGCGCAGAAGUAAACCUGAUGAAGGGAGCUAUGUCUGUGUUGCAAGGAACUAUCUUGGCGAAGCAGUGAGUCGAAAUGCAUCUCUGGAAGUGGCAUUGUUGCGAGAUGACUUCCGGCAAAACCCCACAGAUGUUGUAGUGGCAGCUGGAGAGCCUGCAAUCCUGGAGUGCCAACCUCCCCGGGGACACCCAGAACCCACCAUCUACUGGAAAAAAGACAAAGUUCGAAUUGAUGACAAGGAAGAUAGAAUAAGUAUUCGUGGUGGAAAAUUGAUGAUCUCCAAUACCAGAAAAAGUGAUGCAGGAAUGUACACCUGUGUUGGUACCAAUAUGGUGGGAGAAAGAGACAGUGAUCCAGCAGAGCUGACUGUCUUUGAACGACCCACAUUUCUCAGGAGGCCAAUUAACCAGGUGGUGUUGGAAGAAGAGGCUGUAGAAUUUCGCUGUCAGGUCCAGGGAGAUCCUCAACCAACGGUGAGGUGGAAAAAGGAUGAUGCAGACUUGCCAAGAGGAAGGUAUGACAUCAAAGAUGAUUACACUCUGAGAAUUAAGAAGGCCUUGAGUACAGAUGAAGGUACCUAUAUGUGUAUUGCUGAGAAUCGGGUGGGAAAAGUGGAAGCCUCCGCUACCCUCACUGUCCGAGCUCGCCCUGUUGCUCCUCCACAGUUUGUGGUUAGGCCAAGAGAUCAGAUUGUUGCUCAAGGUCGAACUGCAACAUUUCCCUGUGAAACUAAAGGAAACCCCCAGCCAGCUGUGUUUUGGCAGAAAGAAGGCAGCCAGAACCUACUUUUCCCAAACCAACCCCAGCAGCCCAACAGUAGAUGUUCAGUGUCACCAACUGGAGACCUCACCAUUACCAACAUUCAGCGCUCAGAUGCGGGUUACUACAUCUGCCAGGCCUUGACUGUGGCAGGAAGCAUUUUAGCAAAAGCUCAACUGGAGGUUACCGAUGUUUUGACAGAUAGACCUCCGCCAAUAAUCUUACAAGGCCCAGUAAACCAAACACUAGCAGUCGAUGGUACAGCAUUACUAAAAUGUAAAGCCACUGGUGAUCCUCUUCCAGUCAUUAGCUGGUUAAAGGAGGGAUUUACUUUUCUGGGUAGAGAUUCAAGAGCAUCUAUACAAGAGCAAGGAACACUGCAAAUUAAGAAUUUACGGAUUUCUGACACUGGCACUUACACUUGUGUGGCUACAAGUUCAAGUGGGGAGACUUCCUGGAGUGCAGUGCUGGAUGUGACAGAAUCUGGAGCAACAAUCAGUAAAAAUUAUGAUUUAAAUGACCUGCCAGGACCACCAUCAAAACCACAGGUCACUGAUGUUACUAAGAAUAGUGUUACCUUGUCCUGGCAACCAGGUACCCCUGGAACUCUUCCAGCAAGUGCAUAUAUCAUUGAAGCUUUCAGCCAAUCAGUGAGCAAUAGCUGGCAGACAGUGGCAAACCAUGUAAAGACCACCCUUUAUACUGUGAGAGGAUUGCGACCCAAUACAAUCUACUUGUUCAUGGUCAGAGCGAUCAACCCCCAAGGUCUCAGUGACCCAAGCCCUAUGUCAGACCCUGUGCGCACACAAGAUAUCAGCCCACCAGCACAAGGAGUGGACCACAGACAAGUACAGAAGGAACUAGGAGACGUCCUUGUUCGCCUUCACACUCCUGUUGUACUGACUCCCACUACUGUUCAGGUCACAUGGACAGUUGACCGCCAGCCUCAGUUUAUUCAAGGCUACCGAGUAAUGUAUCGUCAGACUUCAGGCCUACAAGCCACCUCCUCAUGGCAGAAUUUAGAUGCCAAAGUCCCAACUGAACGAAGUGCUGUCUUAGUCAAUCUGAAAAAAGGAGUCACUUAUGAAAUUAAAGUCCGACCGUAUUUUAAUGAGUUCCAAGGAAUGGAUAGUGAAUCUAAAACAGUCCGUACUACUGAAGAAGCCCCAAGUGCCCCUCCACAAUCUGUCACUGUGCUGACAGUCGGAAGCCACAAUAGCACAAGCAUUAGUGUUUCCUGGGAUCCUCCUCCUCCAGAUCACCAGAAUGGAAUAAUCCAAGAGUACAAGAUCUGGUGUCUGGGAAAUGAAACACGAUUCCAUAUCAACAAAACUGUGGACGCAGCCAUUCGGUCUGUAAUAAUUGGUGGAUUAUUCCCAGGUAUUCAAUACCGGGUAGAGGUGGCGGCUAGUACCAGCGCCGGGGUUGGAGUAAAAAGUGAACCACAGCCAAUAAUAAUCGGAGGAAGGAAUGAAGUUGUCAUUACUGAAAACAAUAACAGCAUAACUGAACAAAUCACUGAUGUUGUGAAGCAACCGGCUUUUAUAGCUGGUAUUGGUGGUGCCUGCUGGGUAAUUUUGAUGGGCUUUAGCAUCUGGUUGUAUUGGCGAAGAAAGAAGAGAAAGGGCCUCAGUAAUUAUGCUGUUACAUUUCAAAGAGGAGAUGGAGGACUAAUGAGCAAUGGAAGCCGUCCAGGUCUUCUAAAUGCGGGUGAUCCCAGCUAUCCAUGGCUUGCUGAUUCAUGGCCAGCCACAAGCUUGCCAGUGAACAAUAGCAAUAGUGGCCCAAAUGAAAUUGGGAAUUUUGGGCGUGGAGAUGUGCUGCCACCAGUUCCAGGCCAAGGGGAUAAAACAGCAACGAUGCUCUCAGAUGGAGCCAUUUAUAGCAGCAUUGACUUCACUACCAAAACCAGUUACAACAGUUCCAGCCAAAUAACACAGGCUACCCCAUAUGCCACGACACAGAUCUUGCAUUCCAAUAGCAUCCAUGAAUUGGCUGUCGAUCUGCCUGAUCCACAGUGGAAAAGCUCAAUUCAGCAAAAAACAGAUCUGAUGGGAUUUGGUUAUUCUCUGCCUGAACAGAACAAAGGUAACAAUGCCUUACUUUACAUCCCUGACUACCGAUUGGCUGAGGGAUUGUCUAAUAGAAUGCCACACAACCAGUCACAGGAUUUCAGCACCACCAGCUCUCACAACAGCUCAGAAAGGAGUGGCAGUCUCUCAGGUGGGAAAGGUGGAAAAAAGAAGAAAAAUAAAAACUCCUCUAAACCACAGAAAAACAAUGGAUCGACCUGGGCCAAUGUCCCUCUACCUCCUCCCCCAGUCCAGCCCCUUCCUGGCACAGAGCUGGAACACUAUGCAGUGGAACAGCAAGAGAAUGGCUAUGACAGUGAUAGUUGGUGCCCACCAUUACCAGUACAAACAUACUUACACCAGGGUAUGGAAGAUGAACUGGAAGAAGAUGACGAUCGGGUCCCAACUCCACCUGUUCGAGGCGUGGCUUCCUCUCCUGCUAUCUCCUUUGGACAACAGUCUACUGCCACUCUUACUCCAUCCCCACGGGAAGAGAUGCAACCCAUGCUGCAGGCUCACCUGGAUGAGCUGACAAGGGCAUAUCAGUUUGAUAUAGCAAAACAAACAUGGCACAUUCAAAGCAAUAAUCCACCCCCACAGCCCCCAGUUCCACCAUUAGGUUACGUGUCCGGAGCCUUGAUUUCUGAUUUGGAAACAGAUGUUCCAGAUGAUGAUGCUGAUGAUGAAGAGGAAGCUUUAGAAAUCCCCAGGCCCCUGAGAGCACUAGACCAGACACCCGGAUCCAGUAUGGACAAUCUAGACAGCUCUGUGACAGGAAAAGCCUUUACCUCCUCUCAAAGACCUCGACCCACCAGCCCGUUUUCUACUGACAGUAACACGAGCGCAGCCCUGAAUCAAAGUCAGAGGCCCAGGCCCACCAAAAAACACAAGGGAGGGCGAAUGGACCAACAGCCAGCACUGCCUCACCGAAGGGAAGGAAUGACAGAUGAUCUUCCACCACCACCAGAUCCCCCACCAGGUCAGGGUUUAAGGCAGCAAAUAGGCCCGAGCCAGCAUGCUGGUCAUGUGGAAAACUCAACAGAGAGAAAAGGAAGCUCUCUAGAGAGACAACAAGCCUCCAGCUUAGAAGACACAAAGAGCUCCUUGGAUUGUCCAGCCAAAACCUCCCUAGAGUGGCAACGACAAACCCAGGAAUGGAUAAGCUCCACAGAACGCCAAGAAGACAUACGGAAAGCCCCACACAAACAAGGGGUUGGAUCAGAGGAGGCCUUGGUGCCCUAUAGCAAGCCCAGUUUCCCAUCUCCAGGUGGCCACAGCUCAUCAGGAACAGCUUCUUCUAAAGGAUCCACUGGACCCAGGAAACCGGAGGUGUUGAGGGGAGGCCACCAGCGCAAUGCCAGUGACCUUCUUGACAUAGGAUAUAUGGGCUCAAAUAGUCAAGGACAGUUUACAGAGUAACUGAGAGGAGACAUACAAAGCUGCUCUGAAAGGACCAUCAGGUCCCAACUCAUGGACGUGAUGACACUAAACAGUGCAAUGAACAAUUUCUUUUAUUUAUGUACUAUUAAAAGAACUGUAAAUGCAAUGUAAAGACACACAGCCACACAUAUCCCACAGAUAUUUUACUUGUGUUCUUCUCUUAAGUACACCACCCACCUUAACUCUUUCUUGUCAGGAGUAUAUAAAAAAAAAGAAAGAAAACAAAACUCGCCCUCCAGGAAGAAAAGGAUUUUCCUCUGUAUAUAAUUUCUUUUGUGCAUUGCUAUGCAAGCUCACUCUUUUUAGCUCUGUUCCUAUUAUUGUCUGUUCUUAUUGGUCUGUUGUACUAUAUGUGAAUUAAUAGGCUGUGGUGCCAUAUAUUAACUUUUAAUUGUGUAACUUUUAUGUUUAAAUUUUGCACUGCAAUUUUAUUUGGUGAUAAGCACAAAUCUCUACUCCUCAUGACAUGAAGAAAAGAUUGAAUGUGAAGGGGGUUUCUGUACUGUAAGCUAGGUUGGAUAAUGCUGGUGUUACCCAUCCUGUUAGAUGGUUUUCAGUUGGGGUGUAGAAAUAGGAAGAUGCAAAGGAACAAUGGUGUUGGCAAAGUCUGAACAUCAGGAAUUGAGUCUGUUUUUAAGAGAAGAAAGAUGGAUUUUGCUAUUGACAAAAGCAAGGGGUCAAAAGAAGGAAUUUUAAGUCUUUAGACUGAAUAUGCAUUAAAAUAUGCAGGUAGCAAAGAUGUACUAAACUUGCUUUUAAAAAAGAUAAUUAAAGUUUUAUUUAGAAACAACUUUACCUGUCAUUGUAAUUGACCCAUCUGAGAAUGGCGAGAAGCAAAAGGAAAUUAAGGUGUUUCACAAGAGCUGUAUUUAUAUUACAGCUUUUUUAAAACAGCAUUUUCUGAAUUACCAUAAUUAAUCUCUCCAACUCAUUAAGUCAGAAUAUAACAUGAAGUUCCCCAAGGAAACAAACAAAAUGAACUCGAGACUAUCUAGCAAGUAAAGAAGCAAUUUAUUAUUAGGACAUACUCAGGCUGCUUCCAAACAUGAAAUCUAUUGCAAUAUCUUGUUUUGUCUUUCUAAUACAUGUACAGUACACACUAGAGGAUAAAACUGCAUCAUUUAAAUUCAUGAUUGAAAAAAAUGCAGUCUAUAUACAACUUUGUGUUUCAUUUGACUAAGACGUAAAGUUGAUUUCACCAAACGUAGAGCCAAAUUGCAAGUGCUUAAAAAGCAGUGCUCAGAGUAUGUUCAGUUCACUGUCCGUAAGUUUAUCGGAAUAAAUAUUUGAUGGUACAUUCUCAGAAAUUGGCUACCAACUAAAAUCUGUUUGACCCAUUUUGAAUGAGUAAAUUGAAAAGAAAAAUUAAAAAGGAGGAAAAAAUGCAUGUUUAUACACUUUUUAAAUAAAACCAAACCUUGUAAGUGGACAUUAAUAACAGUGUCCUGCCUCAUUUGUUUUCAUGACUUUGAGAACAAGAAGUUCCUGAACAUCAGUUAUGUAUGCUCAAAAUAAAUGUGACUUUGAAAUAUAUGUUAGCUACUGUACAUGUAUAGUCAAUCCGUCAAGUAGAAGAUAACCUUCCUGAAAUUCCCACUUGUGACAUUUUCCCAUGUGCUACCUACACAAUCUUAAAUUCUAGCUCUGACUAUAUUUUCUUAUGUUUUUCCUAUGAUAUAUUCAGUACUUCAAAAAUAUUUGAUGUAACAAUCAGGAUCAGUUCUCAAGUAGGAGACCCUUUAAUAAGUCUCACACUCUGCAUUAUUGGCUCGGUCACCGGUUCAUGUCCUGUUGUCAUAGCAAAGGGAUGACAUAGUUCAAUGGCUUCAUCUUUUGAAUUCCCUAAGACUGCAUCAGCACAGGCAAGCCUAGAAUGUGAUGUUCUUUAUGGGCCCCAACAUCUUCUUGGUGUCGUGUGUAGUUCAUCUCUUCACUGAAGAGAAAAGGAAUUCUGAGACACACUUAUUAAACACUUUAUCAACUUUCUACCAUCAGUGCCUGGAUUUUCAUGCAGUUUGAUUUCUCUGGGAUAAAGAGACUGGGAGAGGAGAAAAAGCUUCUACAAAAAAAUGAAUACAUAAUUAUUCACAACUCUAAGAUGUGAGGAAUUUAUUUUUUAUUUGUGAAGUUCCUUAAUUCACCUCCUUUAUUUCAAAACAAAUAUCUAAGAAGUUAUAUUCAUUUAUGUUUCAUCUUUUUGCUCCUCAAUCACUGAAUUUAGUCUAAAAUUUUAUCACAUAGAUUAUACAGAUUCUUGACUCCUGGUAACUGGCAUUUGUAGGCAAUUAGUAAACCAAGACUUAAAAAAAUAUGUCUUUAUGUAGAUGACAUGUAGAAUAAUUGGAACAUAGCAUCACACCUUCCUGAUUGUCUAGAGUACACAAAAAAUUA